UUUCGAUGCCGCGCCUUUUCGCGCACACACGGCAUCUUUCAGGAAGAAACAGCGUCAAGCGGUGACUGACCGGCUCCUGGCAGCUUUAAAAAGGAUUUUCAGGGGUUCUCACUCUUUCAUAUGCUGCUGUUUGGACGGAGGCACAGUCAACAUGCUGAUUAAAGAAUACCGAAUUGUCCUGCCCAUUUCAGUGGAGGAGUACCAAGUGGGCCAGCUGUUUGCAGUAGCGGAGGCCAGUAAGAGUGAGACGGGUGGAGGAGAAGGUGUGGAGGUGUUGGUCAACGAGCCCUAUGAGAAGGAUGGAGAGAAAGGACAGUACACCCACAAGAUCUACCACCUGCAGAGUAAAGUGCCAGGCAUUAUUCGCAUGAUAGCGCCAAAAGGUUCUCUCAUGAUCCACGAGAAGGCCUGGAAUGCAUAUCCUUACUGUCGAACGAUCCUUACAAAUGAAUACAUGAAUGAGAAGUUCAUGAUUAAAAUCGAGACGUGGCACAAGCCUGAUAUGGGGAAUCAGGAGAAUGUACACGGACUGGACAAAAGCUCGUGGGAAAAAACUGAGAUAGUUAACAUUGACAUUGCUGACAGAAGCUGCAUAAGUCCGAAGGACUACAACCCAGAUCAGGAUCCAGCCAUCUUUAAGUCAGAGAAGACAGGCAGAGGGCCUCUUGGACCUGACUGGAAGAAAGAACUCGCUAACAACCCGAACAGGCCGCACAUGUGUGCCUAUAAAUUAGCCACCGUUGAAUUCAAGUGGCUGGGACUACAGGGCAAGGUGGAAAGCCUCAUUCAAAAGAUGGAGAGGCGUUUGUUCACUCAAUUCCACAGACAGCUGUUCUGCUGGAUUGACAAAUGGAUUGAACUGACGAUGGAUGAUAUACGACGCAUGGAGGAGGACACAAAGAAGGAGCUAGAUGAGAUGAGGAAGAAUGAUCAAGUUAAAGGCAUGGUAGGUGAUGACAACUGAUGGCCGCUGAUAGGCUAACUCAAUCGCUCUCUGAAACAGGAGGAUUUAUCUUCAUUCAUUGAGCUCAGACUCCUUUCCUAGGACACCGGACCAAGACCAGCUAGAUAGGCAUAACCAAUAAUACCACACUUUACAUCCUAUUAAUAAAAUUUGCUCUUAAUAAGAGCUCAUUAUUGUAAAGCAAUUGUGUGUCUUUAUGUACUACAUUUGAAUAUAACUAUAGCAACUUUUAGUUUUUUUAAGAGAAGUUUGCAAAUCACUUUUGAGGAUGAAGUGUUCUUGCUUAUGCCUAUUCGGUCCUCAUAUAUUUUAAAACAUUAGGGAAAAGGUGAGGGUUGUCUCUGAAGAAACAUUUCUGAUUACUGUUAUCUUAUAUUAUUAAUUAUUCUGGUUUUGUUCUUUUUCUUGAUCUUGUAUUUUUUAGUGCUCAGUGAUCUAUUGUUUACCUAAUAGCACAAGGCACAUUUCCCACAAGUCAUCUGUCUACAUCCGCAAAAGCAUCAGAGUUACAAGGAUCAGAGGAUGUUUAUUUUAGAAGACUAAAACAGAAAAAGCUUCUGUGUUUUGAGAAAGUUCUGUUAAUUUCCAAAAUUUCCUCUCACAAAGUGCACUUAUUGCCCUGUUAUGUCACACUGGAAAUUCCUCUGCCCUCCUGUGCUUAAUUUGAUUCAUCAUGACAUGGUGGCUGGAGGCUUUGUAAUUUAAACACAGCUUAUGAUUUCUGUAAAAAGUAUUACAUAUAUAGUAUUUACUUUGAAAAGCCCCAGGUGGUUGGUUUAGAUUCAUACAAAGAUGUUUGCUGCUGUUUUGUAUUUAUGGUUUUGGGUGGAGGUUGUGAUUGUUGGUGAUAAUCUGUCAGAACAACCUGAACUCUGAGCAGAUCUCAAUAUAAUUCACACAUCUGUCUUGAUAACUUUUUGGCCUACAUCAUUGUAAGUCUUGUCCUGGGUUUAAUUCAGUAACCUGGAUUUUAAUGUAAUGAGUUAUAUGAUUAUGUAGUAUAUUAAAGACGAUUUACUUGUU